AUGACUUCCUCACACUCGAAUACGAGUUCCAUUUUGAUCGAUGCACCUCGCGCCGCUGGCGGCGACGUAUACCCCAAUGGUGCCUCACACGCUCACGCCCUUUCAUUACUAUCUGUUGCGUCAUCAUCCUCACAAGGUUGCCCGAAACUGCGGAGAAAGAAGCGGAUGCCAUUGCUCCAGCGCAUGUCGUCGCUCUCGUUUAGCUCGAGAUCACGACAGUCUUCCCCCGCCUUUGAUGAUCGUGCGGAAUCACCUGUGCCACAUGCAAUGCAGGUAGCACCAUCACCCUCUCCUGCGCCUUCGACUCCUAUCAGCGCUGAACCUCCUGUCCGAAUCGGUCAUCCUAGCCGACCAUAUUAUACCGUCAUUCGGAAAAACAUGUCUCGCCCUAGUACACCUGGGCUUCCCAGCUCCCUCCCCCGCACGCCCUCCCCCAUGCCAUCUGACUAUGAUUACGCGCCACGCGCCACAAGAUCUCUUGACUGCGGGGAGGGUAUGCCAGUGCAGUUUGGCCGAGAAUCACGGCCUAUGUCGAUGGUUCUCCCUGGACAAGCGGUACCUGUGAGCGUGUACUCUGGGUUCUCGUUAAGCGGCGAGACGGAGAUGCGGAUGAACUUGGCGAGAUGGCGAAAAGAAGAUGCCCCGGAUGAGCCAGGGGACUACCUGUUCAAGGAGACAGGAUGCCGCGGAAAAGGGAUGAAGGGUAGGGUGAAGAAGCUUGGGAAGAGUUUGCGAGAUCUUAUGCUGGGCAGAUCGUGA